GGGGGAGAGCGGCUGAGGCUGUGGGCUGGAUGAGGCCAGGCCAUGGUGCAGCUGGAGCUGCUGUGGGCAGCCGCCGCGCUGAUGCUGCUCGGGGCCACCAUCAGCCUCUGCAUCAAGUGCCAACUCUCUGGUGCCAAGAGAGAGAAGCAGCCGAGUGAGCGGAGGAGCCCGCAUGAAAGCCAGCAGAGUUUUGAGGUGAUCCGAUCCUAUUCCAGUACGACCCGAAGGCUGGAUCAAAUUAAGGAAACUGCGAACUCAUCAAUAGCAAGGAAAACCACGGAGCAGCCCAGUGCCUCCCGCCGCGCGGGAUAUGGGAGCAGGAGCGAGCCCAGGUACCAGAAUUUCCUGACAGAGGACUGCCUGCGAGGGGACGCUGCCUACGUGGAGCCCAUAUCUCUGGAUUACUACAACUGUGUCAGGUUCUCUGCACCACCCAACGAGAAAGAGGAGGAUUCCCAUUCCUAUCAAAACGUCAUCAUUGGAGUGUCUCAGGGCUCCGAUCCAGAUGACGCUCUAGACUACGAGAACAGCCCGGCCAUACACACGUGGAAACUCCAGCAGGCAGGAGGCACAUCCAUGCAGGCAGAAAGCACGGACGAGGAGCCAGACUACGUCAACACGGCCCCUGCCCCGCUGUCAAAGCAAAGUGUUCCGCGUAAAGUCUGAAGAGGUCCCGUGCCGAGCUGUAAGAGCACAGCCAGCGAGCAGGCACUCAGGGAGAGAGAGGACUUCGAUCCCUCGGUGAGAUCUCUUCUCCAAAUUGUGCCCAAGACCACGUAGAAGGGGUGCUGCUGAAAGGAAGAAACGCUCUGCUUGAAGUCCCACCGAAGUCCAACCACAAACCUGGCACUGGAGAAAGCGCUCUGCCCGCAGUGACCAUGGCCAAGCCAGGAGCUCCUCAUCCCGUCUCAUUUCCCUCCAUGUCUACUGGAGGGAGGGUGGCCAGUCCGUGCAAUGUUUUCUCCUGUCAAGCAUGAAACGAGUCUUUGAAUUGCUGAGCAGUAAUGCAGCUGGCUACUUGAUUUGUCUGAGUGACUCAUGCGUGAUGGUAUUAAGACACAGGGAUUAUGUUCUGUAUCUUGUGCUCUCCUACAGAAGCGGUUUCCUACAAGAGAGGAAGCGGCAAGGCAGAGGUUGCUUUUACACCAGCAGUGGUUCUCCAGAACUAAAUGAGGUACCAACAUGUUCACAAAAAGCUAAAGACUAAAGAGGAUUAAAUCCCCGCCGUAUCCACAGCUUGUAAUUCAGUGUCUAUGGGCAGUUUUCCUUGGGUUUCGGUGUCCGUUUGAUAGUGAUACAAAGACCCUGCAACAAUUGAGAAGGUCAGAGCCACGGCUGCCAGCCUGAGAAACUGCUCCAGUGUCUCAGUAUUGCCAUGGGGAGCCUCGGCCCUGGAACGUAACC